AUGUCCCAGAACACAGACACCCCCACCCCCGCACCUGCUGCUGCUCCUGCUGUCGCUGCCGAUCCGGUCGCCAGCUUUCUGCCGCUCGCCGAACGCCUGAUCAGCAAUCUCCGCGAUGACGUGUCCACUGCGCGCAAGACGAUCGAGCUGAUUAAGUCGGCCAAGGCCACCUACCAGCGCGAGAUGCGCACCGCCCAGCAGAGCCAAGACCGCUACAACCGCCUGGCCCAGAAGGCGGCGGUCUCCCAGUCCCGCAAGCGGAAGACGCAAGCCGGCGGAGAUGACACGUCGACCGCGGAUGACGCCGCUGCCAGGCUGACAGCUCCGCGCAAGCCCAGCGGCUUCGCCAAGCCCACAAAGGUCUCCGCUGCCAUGUGCGAAUUCUUGGGCAUCCCCGCCGACCAAGAGAUUGCCCGCACCACCGUCACUUCGUCUGUUAUCGACUAUGUCAAAAAGCAUAGUCUCGAGGACACCGAGAACCGCCGGGUGAUCCACCCCGACGAGAAGCUCGCUCAGCUGCUGGGCCCGAUCCGUCACCCGAUCGACAAGAGUGGUUCCCUGGGGGUCUCGUACUUUAACCUGCAGACUUAUCUUAACCCACACUUUCUACGCAAGCCCAAGCUGGAAGCUCAGGACGAGCCCGCCACGGCGACAACAACGGAAGACCCCGUCCCCGCCCGCGUAGACCCUGUUAACGUCCCUGCCGAAAUCGUGGCGCAGUAG